AUGGCAAAAUUCAUCAAAAUCCCUCAUCACGUACGAGCAACAACAAUUGCCUCACAGAUAGUCGCAGAAAAGAUAUGCGAAUUCAAAGUGAACAAGGCGUACGCCAUAGUUAGUUCCUCGUUGAGUUUCUGGAUACCUGGUUUCGUAAUGGUCUUCAUGUGCUAUCGCAUUUAUCAAGAGGCUGUACGACAGGAACGGCUUGUCUACAGAUCCAAAGUUGCUGCCCUCCUUCUAGACAAACAUUUGCAGAUUAGCCAAAUACCCAAGCCUCGACCAAGUAUCCAAGUCCAACAGUCGACCAUUAUAACAAUGCCGGAGCGCAAGGCCGCACGUACGCUUGGAAUAAUAAUGAGUGCUUUUCUACUCUGUUGGGCGCCAUUUUUCCUAUGGUAUUUAACGUCCACACUUUGCUCUAGUUGCGCCACACCGCGCAUUGUUGUUGGUAUACUCUUUUGGAUCGGCUACUUCAGUUCGGCUUGGAAUCCUAUUAUUUAUGCCUACUUAAAUCGUGAUUUUCGUGGCGCUUUCAAGAAAACACUGAAGUCCUGCUGCCCAUAUGACCUCAUAAAUUGUCGCGUCAGCGCGGGCGCUGACCUGCCGCCAUACAUCAACUCCACCGCCUCCUCUGAAAUACACAUGAACAUUAUACGAACUCGUCAAUACGCCACGUCGUCAUCGAAUCAGCUGCAACCGCUCUACCAGAACUAAAAAUAAAAUUAAGUUGAAUAAAUUUAACCAAGGAACGAGAGUCUACAUAGGCAAGGGAA